CGGCAGACGGCGGGGCCGGAUGUUGAGUCAAAGCUACCGGCUGCGUCUCCGAGGUGACAUCGUCCUGGGUCCGCUCCGCCGCCACCGCCUUCGCCCCGCGACGCCUCCUGCCGGCCCCGCCAUGGUCUCGGCUCCGCGCUGCCCGCCCGGCGCCGGGGGGCUCCUGGCGCUGCUGCUGCUGCUGCCCCUGCCCGGGGCUCGCGGUGCUUGUGAGUCUCCUCCAAGAUUUAGUUUUGCUGAGCUGCCAGGGGAAGUGAACAAUUCCUAUCCUGUUGGGACCAAACUGAAAUACUCCUGUCGCCCAGGAUAUACUUUCGCAUCUGGAAAAUCUCCUUUUGUUACGUGUCUUGCAAAUUCAACAUGGUCAGCAGACCCUGAGUUUUGUGUAGGAAAACCAUGUAAAUCACUGGAACUAGAAAAUGGCAGGGUUGAUUUCACCGAUCUCCUGUUUGGUGCAACAGCAAACUUCUCCUGUAAUGAAGGGUACAGAUUAAUUGGAACGACUUCUGCCAAAUGUGUGGGUUCAGGAAGUGGAGUUGAUUGGGAUAAGGAGCUUCCACAUUGCCAAGCAAUACCUUGUCUUCCACCUCCUGAUAUUGCCAAUGGAUCCUAUACUGGUCAGAGUGGAGAAGAGUUUACCUUUGGCUCAACAGUAACUUACAAAUGUGACCAGGGCUUCUCUCUUAUUGGAGAGGCCUCCAUUCAUUGUACAACGAAAGAUAAUUUCAAUGGAGAGUGGAGUGGGCCUGCCCCUGAAUGCAAAGUGGUCAGGUGUCCAGAGCCAGAAGUCAAAAAUGGAAAAAAGCAAUCUGGGUUUGGACCUGUCUAUUCAUAUGGAAACACCGUAAUAUUUGAAUGUGAUUCUGGCUACACUCUGACUGGUAGCAGUUCAGUUAAAUGUGAAGCUAACAAUUCAUGGGUUCCAUCUUUGCCCACCUGUCUCCGCAUAACAGAUAUAAAACCUACAACUUCCCCUCCAGGAGGAACAACAGAUACUUCUGGAUCAACUGCAAAACCCACAGAAAAAACCACUGAAAAUGCCCCGGGAUCAACUGCAAAACCCACAGAAAAAACCACUGAAAAUGCCCCGGGAUCAACUGCAAAACCCACAGAAGAAACCACUAAAAAUACCCCGGGGCCAAACACUGGUACUAUGAUUGCUAUUGGGAAGAUGCCUAUCAUUCUGGCAGUGCUGAUUACUAACUUGUUCAUCAGACAGUGAACAUGAUAUUGGAAGAAAAUGGAAAAAUUGAGAGAAACAUCAUAUGAUUGCACUAAACGUCUCGUGAUCCCAGAUUCCUUUCACUACAGUUGUAUUCAGGGUUGUGGAUUUUGCUGUUGCGAGCAAGAGCCUGUUGAGAUUUCUAUUUGGAGGUUUCUGUCUUGAAGUACUUAGUAUCCUUUUAAAAUGCAGAUUAAUGAUGCCAAAGAUACUCAUUGAUCUGCUGUAGAUUUUUGUUUAAUUCAAAUUUAUCCUCAGUUUUUAAAUCAAAUCUCCAGAAUAAUCAGUGUUCCUUUCCUCCCAUGUCCAGGAAACUCCAAAAAUAACAAAAAACAACCCCAAACUAUUCUUACCCCAAGUCUUGUGUUCAGUGUGAAGUGUGUGGAUGUGUGUAAGACUUGGGUGUUCAGAGUCCACACUGUCAAAUUGUUUAAGCUCGUAUUGAGAGCCAAAAUAAAUUACCUCUGUUUCCUUAUGAGCACUUUCUGAUAAGUAAGCUGUAAAAUGGUUAUACUUGUGAGCAAAUUCUUCUGUGAUUCCGAGCCUAAAUGAAAUGUCUUUAUUUUUAUAUUUCAAUAGCUGAAAAUAAGUUUUUUGGUAGCAUUUAAAGCAAGCUUAUUGCAUUCAGGGAAUUCUCUGCUGUGAGAAUGUGUUCAUCACCAAAUGCUGUUUUGUCAUGAUCACUGAAAACAUAAUUUAUUUGUAUUUAUACAAGUUGUACAGAAUUUUACUUGGCAAUCUGCAUAUUUAUCAAAUGAAAAAACAGGAAUUUCUCUGUUGUACUUAAGUCUUUUCUGUGAAUAAAAGGAAUACUGUACAAAGA